CCGCCACGCGGUCGGGCGCCUGCGCGCCUCUUCCGAGCCGCCGGGCUGCUGCGGCUUUCCCUGCACAGGCUUCACUGCGGAGUAAGUGGGUCCUGAGCCCCGGGGCCGGGGCCGGGGGCGGGCGCCGAGGCUCCGGGGCGCGCUGGAGCUGAGAAGGGGCCCCAGGAGUGCGGCCGCAGCCACGUCACGCCCCAGGUCACGCUGCAAACGGCAGCUGUAGAGAUUUCGCUCUAACAGCGGGUUACCUGGACUUUGUCGCCAUCGAGCCCUGGAGGAUCUUCUGCUGUGAGGAAGUGCCAGCAACGUUGACACACAAGGCCUGGAAAGAGAAGACCUUUAGGUUGUGGAGGGGAUCUUGUCCGGCUCAGGUUCCCUUUAACCCCUGGCAGACCUGGGGUGGACGUGCCCCCCCCCCCCCCCCUGCAGACGCAUGGCGCAUCGGCUACAGAUACGACUGCUGACAUGGGACGUGAAGGAUACGCUGCUCAGGCUCCGCCACCCCGUGGGAGAGGAAUAUGCCUCCAAGGCCCGGGCCCACGGGCUGGAGGUGGAGGCCGCCUCCCUGGGACAAGCCUUCAGGCAGGCGUACAGGGCUCAGAGCCUCAGCUUCCCCAACUAUGGCCUGAGCCAAGGCCUCACCUCCCGCCGGUGGUGGGUGGAUGUGGUCUUACAGACCUUCUACCUAGCAGGUGUUCGAGAUGCCCAGGCUGUGACCCCCAUCGCUGACCAGCUGUACGAGGACUUCAGCAAGCCCUUCACCUGGCAGGUGUUGGAGGGGGCUGAGGCCACCCUGAGGGAGUGCCGAAAACGAGGUCUGAGGCUGGCAGUGGUCUCCAACUUUGACCGGCGUCUAGAGGACAUCCUGAUGGGUCUUGGCCUGAGGGAAUACUUUGAGUUUGUGCUGACCUCUGAGGCUUCCGGCUGGCCCAAGCCCGACCCCCGAAUUUUCCGUGAGGCUUUGCGGCUUGCUCAGGUGGAACCGGCAGUGGCAGCCCAUAUUGGGGACAGUUAUCCCUGUGAUUAUAAGGGGGCGCGGGCUGUAGGUAUGCACAGCUUCCUGGUGGUCGGCCCAGAGCCUUUGGAUGCUGCCAUCAAAGACUCUGUGUCUCAAGAAUGCCUCCUCCCCUCACUGUCCCAUCUCCUGCCUGCCCUUGACCACCUGGAAGUCUCAUCCCCGUAACUUUGAAUCUGAUGAGGGAAGUGGCUGGGCCCAGCAAACGCUGCAGAGCCCCUUCUUUCCUGAGAUCUGGCCUUUGCCCCUCUCCCUGCAGCGUCCAAAGGCACUGUGACUAUAAAGCAGUGAAAACAGGGCUUUUAGCCCUGCUCCAACCUGCUUCUGGUUGCUGAAGUUGUUCACACCUGUGUCUCUUUCCCACCCCCUCACCUACAAGAUUCACGGAGAGCCCAACUAGCUUCAAAACCAGGCACUGUCGGGGCGCCUGGGUGGCUCGUUUGGUUAAGGACCAGCACUUGAAUUUGGCUCAAGUCAUGAUCUCACGGUCGGUGAGUUAGAGCCCCACCUUGGGCUCUGCACUGUCACUGCGGAGCCUGCUUCGGAUUCUCUCUGCCCCUCCUGCGCUCAUUCUCUCUCAAAAUAAGUAAAAUAAACUUUUUUAAAAAUUACAAAAACAAAACAAAACCAGGCACUGUCAAACUUUGUAUUAGCAGCAGGGCCCUUUUGUUAUGGGAGAUCUUACUGGAACCCCAAUAUGCAAAACAGGAAAAGUGAGAAACUGCUAGAGCUGAAGCAGGUCCUAGAGCCCCUCAGUCGGGCCCUUGAAGCCUCAACUCCCUAGAAGUGGAAGUUCAGAGGAGCUUAGUUUGGAAAUUGGGGUGCUAAGCUCUGCUGUAGGGACAUGCCCUCUAGGACAUGCCUCUAGUGUUUGCAGGAUUUUAGACAAGGAGCACCAUAAUUAGUCAUGAGAAGAAACUUCAUUUCCGCUUGCCACGUGUUAGUCCUUUAUAUGCAUAUAGAACCCUCAGUAAAUAAAACACCCUCAAAGCUACCUGAUGGGCAGAGAUAGUGUGACCUCCACUUUACAAAUGAGAAACCGAUUUAGAAGGAGCCUGCCUGAGGUCACAGGUAGUAUGUGAGAGAGCCAGGGUUCUGAUUUAGGCAUGCCUGACUCCAAAACCCUUGGCUUGACCACCAAGUUGCAAGCAGAGAGCUGUGUUCCAUGGGACAUGGUGCAGUGGAGAUCCUGGUAGAAUAGGGAAGAUUUUCUAGAGGUCAGUUUUGACGGGCACUCCAGUCGUAGGUGUUCGUACUGGGGGCGGGGGGAGGACAGCACAGGGAACAGGGACUGGAGCUUGAGGUGACAGGAGUGUAGGAAAUGGGGAGUCGUUGGAGACUGAAGGACGUAAGCUAGCUAGGUUUUAAAGAUUCCAUGUCUUAGAGGCGCAUGGGUAGCUCAGGCAGUUAAGUGUCUUUGGCUCAGGUCAUGAUCUCGCAGUUUGUGAGUUAGAGCCCUGCAUCAGGCUCUGUACUGACAGCUUGGAGCCUGGAGCCUGCUUGGGAUUCUCUCUGCCCCUUACCCACUCACAAUCUGUCUCUCUCAAAACUAAACAUUAAAAAUUUUUUAAUUCCAUGUCUCUAACUUCCUAUCCCCUCUUCAUGCUCCUCUCCCCUCACACCUCUUUGGGAUUUACUAGACACAUCUUCCUUGUACAGGGGGUACCUCCGGUGAAAAGCACAUAGGCAUAUCUACACAGUGUUACGUUCUGGUACCAACAGCCAGGGAGGGCUCUAGAGUGGCCCUGAAUUGGGGGUGGCAUUUAGGUGGGCAGAGAAAUAACACGCAUUCCUGGCAGGAGGCCUGUGAACUAUGGACUGAGUGAGGGCUGCCACGGGGAGUUAGAUUGGCAGUUUGGAGAGCAUGGCUUGGGGGCCUGCAGCUGCCAAGUAGAAAGGUUGGCUUUGCCUCAGGUUUCUGGGUAGACAUUGUACUCGUGUGAGGGGAGGGAGACUCUUCUCAGACUUGGCCACACCUCUUUUGGGUCUGUCUUCCUUGGGCUUGGUGUCACAGCCAGGGGACAUUACUUCCCACAUGUCAGGCAGUGAGGACGUGGGUCAUGAGCUGCAGUCUCAACUGCAAGAGCCUUAGAAGUCAUCUCAACCAAACAAGCUGCCAUUAGGUCUGUGGACUGGAUUUGAUCAACCCAGU